CGCAGCAGGUUGGGCCACGAGUGUCAAAGAAGGUUCAAUGGCGUGGCAGGGACUGGCGGCCGAGUUCAUGCAGGUGCCAGCGGUGACGCGGACCUACACCGCGGCCUGUGUCCUUACCACCGCAGCUGUGCAACUGGAGCUCCUCAGCCCCUUCCAGCUCUAUUUCAACCCGCACCUCGUGUUCCGGAAGUUUCAGGUCUGGAGGCUCGUCACCAACUUCCUCUUCUUUGGGCCCCGGGGAUUCAGCUUCUUCUUCAACAUGCUCUUCGUGUUUCGCUACUGCCGCAUGCUGGAGGAGGGCUCCUUCCGUGGCCGCACGGCCGACUUCGUCUUCAUGUUUCUCUUCGGGGGCGUCCUCAUGACCCUGCUGGGGCUCCUGGGCAGCCUGUUCUUCUUGGGCCAGGCCCUCACUGUCAUGCUGGUGUAUGUCUGGAGUCGCCGCAACCCCCGAGUGAGGGUCAACUUCUUUGGCCUCCUCACCUUCCAGGCACCAUUCCUGCCCUGGGCACUCAUGGGUUUCUCACUGCUGCUGGGCAACUCAAUCCUUGUCGACCUGCUGGGGAUUGCUGUGGGCCACAUUUACUACUUCCUAGAGGAUGUUUUCCCCAACCAGCCUGGAGGCAAGAGGUUGCUGCUGACCCCAGUUUCCUGUAAGAAGCUGCUACUGGAUGCCCGAGAGGAGGACCCCAAUACCUGCCCUCCCGGAGGAGCGCCAGGACCCCUGCAGCAAUGACCCUACCCAGGGCCAGGGCCAGCCAAGAAGCCUGUUUUCCUGGUCUCUGACAGACCUCCCUCCCACCCCUAACUCCCGCUUUCAGGAGAGCAACCUGUCCUGCAGACUGGGCCUGUGCCAGGGCCCACCCAAAUAAACAGGAUGACCUGCA